CAGAAUGUCCUUCUUCAGUUCCAAGCCUCGAAAUCACUCUUGACAAAGCAUCAUAUUGCCCUGGGGACUAUGUAACUGCCACAGUUUUAGUAGAUAAUCAGAAACCUUUUGAUGCAAGAUCUGUGAUGCUUACGAUUCGAGGAACCUUCUGUUAUGAAACAUACUUCAAACGGUCAGCGAUCGUAUGGACUUCCAAGGACGGAAAGAACAAACUCCCUGUAGAGCUGCUAGAAAAAUCAUUCGAAUUUCAAAUACCUACGGGUAGCCGUUUAACGUACAAGGCUGGGCACAUCAAGUAUACGAUGAGCUUGGAAGUUGAUCGACCAUGGAAAACUAACUUGAAAGUUAAAAAAGAAGUGAUUGUAGCGCGUAAACUUGAUGUUGAUGAAGUUUACUUCACUGAGAACAAAACUGUCUCGAAUAAACCUGCAAUCGGAGUUUUUCAAAUGGGCAGCUCAACUUCACGGUUACCGCCCCAUGUGUUGCUUUUCGUCCGGGACAAAAUGUCGAAUUGAAGUUUAACAUAGAAAACCACAGCUCCACAACUGUAAAGAAAAUCUUCACCGAGCUGAAAACAGAAGCCCAUCAUCAUCAUUUCAAUCAAAUUUUUCCGUGUAGGGAUGCGUAUUCCUGUCCUGUGGCAGAGAAGUAUAAUAAAUACAAGACAGUAGGUGAAACUAAAACAAUGAAAGUUUGUGUGGCACCGUAUUCAACUGGAACAUUCACGAUGCCGUUUACGAUCCCUGAGAAUUUAACGACAGGUUUCGCAACUGGAAUUAUGACUUUGAGAUAUUAUAUGGCAUUUGGAGUGGUAACUAACUCAUGGCUCACGAUGGAUCCAGUGGCAUUUCUCUCAGUCUUUAUUGGAAAACGGGAAAUUGACGAGAAGAAUGAUGAACACGUCGGAAGACGGAAGACAGCUUUGUUUGGGACAUUGAUACAAUUAAAAAUUAAAAUAGAUUUUUCGAACUUGAUUCACUAAUAUUUGUAACCUCAAUUUUCAAAUUCUGUUUUACUCCAAUGCUAUCACAUCCUAACAACAAUUGUUAUGCUUUUGUUUUUUUCUCUUAAAGAAAUAAAGUUGUUUUUUGUUAA